CCUGCAGAGGGGGAGGAGCCUCCAGUGAAAGUGAAAGUGUUCAGACUCAUUCUAACUUCAAGGAGCAGACGGAGGAGACGUGAAGUCUGAGGCUGAUAAACAUUGAAACUGGUGUGAAAGAUCAUUUCACUGUGUUCUGCUGUAAACUGAGCGCAGAACCAGAAGGAAAUAGACCAGACCUUGAAUAUCUAGAAGAGCAGCGUGGCCUGAACCACAACUGAGCCGCAGCCGGUGCAACAUGGACGAGGACACUUCAGAGCAAGUUGGACCCUCAACCACAAAAGGUCAGGACCACAGACUGAGAGCAGAGUCUCCAGGGUCCAGUUGUCUGUCUCUGAAGAGUGACCGGUCCAUGAGACAUCCUCCACUCUUCAGUAAUGAACCUGGACCCUCAACCACAAAAGGUCAGGACCACAGACUGAGAGCAGAGUCUCCAGGGUCCAGCUGUCUGUCUCUGAAGAGUGACAUGUCCAGAAGAACUCCUCUAAACUUCAGUAAUGAACCUGGACCCUCACCCACAAAGGAGAGGAAGAGGAGUCAUGUUUCUGAGGAGGAGCAGUCGUCCUGCUGUGCUUCGUGUCAGGACGUCCUGAAGGAUCCAGUCUCCACCAGCUGUGGACACUGGUUCUGCAGACAGUGCAUCACCUCAUACUGGGACCAGUCUGGUUCUUCAGGAGACUCCUCCUGUCCCCAGUGUGGAAAAAGAUCCAGAACAGGAGCUGGAGCAGAUCGUGGUCUGCAGGAGGUUUCAGAUGAACAUAAGCUCAGUGUGAGGAGGAGAUGUGAACAUGUGACUGAAGGAAGUGAUGAAACAGGAAGUAGAACCCUCCUCAACAGGAUCUACACUGAGCUCCACAUCACAAAGGGACAGAGUGAAGAGGUUAAUACUCAACAUGAGGUGAGGCAGCUUGAGACGGCUUCCAAGAAGAAGAUCCUCCAGGACACUCCCAUCAAGGUCCACGACAUCUUUAAAGCCUCCACUGACCAGCAGAGCAGCAUCAGAGUCGUCCUGACCAACGGAGUCGCUGGCGUUGGAAAAACCUUCUUGGUGCAGAAGUUCACUCUGGACUGGGCAGAGGGUUCAGAGAACCAGGAUGUGGGUCUGCUGGCUGUGCUUUCGUUCAGGGAGCUGAACCUGGUGAAGGACCAGCAGCACAGUCUUCUCACGCUGCUCCAUGUUUUCCAUCCAGCGUUACAGAAGCUCACUGCAGAGACGCUCGCUGUCUGUAAACCUUUGUUCAUCUUUGACGGCCUGGAUGAAAGCAGACCUUCUCUGGACUUCAACCACAGGGAGCUUGUGUCUGAGGUCACACAGAGGUCAUCAGUCAACGUGCUGCUGACAAACCUCAUCCGGGGGAAUCUGCUUCCCUCGGCUCUCGUCUGGAUAACCUCCAGACCUGCGGCGGCCAAUCAGAUCCCUCCUGCAUGUGUUGACAGGGUCACAGAAGUACGAGGCUUCACUGAGGCCCAGAAGGAGGAGUACUUCAGGAGGAGAUUCAGUGAUGAAGAGCUGUGCAGCAGAAUCAUCUCACACAUCAAGACGUCCAGGAGCCUCCACAUCAUGUGUCAAAUCCCAGUCUUCUGCUGGAUCAGUGCUACAGUUCUGGAGCACAUGUUGACCACAGACCAGAGAGGAGAGCUGCCCAAGACCCUGACUGACCUGUACUCACACUUCCUGCUGGUUCAGACAAAGAGGAAGAACAACAAGUACGGUGAGGGACAUGAGACGAGUCCACAGCAGCUGAUGGAGGCUGACAGGGACGUUCUCCUGAAGCUGGGGAGGCUGGCACUUAAACAUCUGGAGGAAGGAAACAUCAUGUUCUACCAAGAAGACCUGGAGCGGUGUGGUCUUAAUGUCACAGAGGCCUCGGUGUACUCAGGAGUUUGUACUGAGAUCUUCAGAAGAGAGUGUGUGAUCUUCCAGAAAUCAGUCUACUGCUUUGUUCAUCUGAGCGUUCAGGAGUUUCUGGCUGCAGUCUACAUGUUCCACUGUUACACCAAGAUGAACACAGAAGAACUCAACAACUUCUUGGGAACAUAUGGGGACACAGACAGAAUCUUCUCCCUGGAUGACCUCCUGAAGAGAACCAUGAAGAAAUCCCUCUCCAGUAAAAAUGGUCAUCUGGACCUGUUUGUUCGCUUCCUUCACGGCCUCAGUCUGGAGUCCAACCAGAGAGUCUUAGGAGGCCUGCUGGGUCGGACAGAGAACAAUCCAGAGAUCAUCCAGAGAGUCAUCAACAACCUGAAGGAGAUGAAGAGUGAUGACAUUUCUCCUGACAGAAGCAUCAACAUCUUCCACUGUCUGACUGAGAUGAACGACCACUCAGUUCAUCAGCAGAUGAAACAGUUCCUGACGUCAGAGAACAGAUCAGAGGAGAAACUCUCUGAGAUCCACUGCUCAGCUCUGGUCUACAUGCUGCAGAUGUCAGAGGAGGUUCUGGAUGAGUUGGACCUGAAGAAGUUCAACACAUCAGACCAGGGUCGACUGAGACUGAUCCCAGCUGUGAGGAACUGCAGGAAGGCUGAACUCUGGGGUUUUGGACUCUCAGAGACUCACUGUGAAGUCGUGGUCUCAGCUCUGAAGUCAGACCCCUCACAUCUGAGAGAACUGGAUCUGAGUAACAACGAGCUGCAGGACUCAGGAGUGAAGCUGCUGUGUUCUGGACUGGAGAGUCCAAACUGUCGACUGGAGACUCUGAGGUUGAGGAGCUGCAGUCUGUCAGAGAUCAGCUGUUCUUCUCUGGCUUCAGCUCUGAGGUCAAACCCCUCUCAUCUGAGAGAACUGGAUCUGAGUAUCAACAACGACCUGCAGGACUCAGGAGUGAAGGAGCUUCUUGAUCUACAGCAGAGUUCAACCUGUCGACUGGAGACUCUGAGGUUGAGGCUCUGCAGACUGUCAGAGAUCAGCUGUUCUUCUCUGGCUUCAGCUCUGAGGUCAAACCCCUCUCAUCUGAGAGAACUGGAUCUGAGUCACAACAACCUGCAGGACUCAGGAGUGAAGGAGCUUCUUGAUCUACAGCAGAGUCCAACCUGUCGACUGGAGACUCUGAGGUGGGGGUCUUUCUGAAGGUGAGUGUGAAGAGGACAGUGUGAAGAGGACAGUGUGAAGAGGACAGUGUGAAGAGGACAGUGUGUGUGGACGGAGGCUGAGCUGUGUCCUGAGGAUCCAGAGGCUGAAGCAGCAGCAGCUUGUGUGUAGUCUCCAAUCUACACAACCCCUAAUCUGCAUGUGUUUGUGAGAUGAAGCCGGAGCACCUGGAGAAAACACGGGGAGAACAUGCAGACUCCACACAGGAAGACCCCAUCUGAACCGGAUUCAAACCAGCAACCUUCCUGCCCCGAUUGUCUUUAUUCACAUGUUUUAUUGAAAUGACACAACACAAGCAGAAUAUAUAACCCCUCUAUAAAGAGUCACAUACAGUGUGUUUAAGUUUGUCUUUAUUAUUGUCCACCUUUGUCCCUCAGUGUGUCUCCAUGUGUGUAGAACCACAUUCUGUUUAGAUGUUUGUUUAUGAUCUUAAAGUUCUAAAGAAGGAAGGCUGCCGUGUCUCGAGCUCUCACACAGCUCUGCUCUUUUUUCUAUCUUGUUAUUUAUUCUUCUUUAUUUUGCAUUGUGCACUCCGACAAAGCGAGGCCUAUCAUCAUAUAUGAUAGAGAACAACUUUGUCACCAGUGAUGACCUGGACCCACCACACAGACUCCAUCAGGAGGACGGCCAGGCAGAGGCUCCUCUUCCUCCGCAGGCUGUAGAGGCUCCACAUGGACUCCAGGAUUCAGGUGCACCACAGAGAGCAUCCUGACUGGCUGCAUCACCGACCUGAACCGUGAGGCUCCACAGAGGGUUAGGGUCACAUCACCAGGACGGAGCUCCAUCCAUAGAGGACCUCUACACCCGGAGGUGCAGGAAGAAGAGCAUCCAGAUCAUUAAAGACCUCCAUCACCCCAGACAUGAACUGUUCUCCUGCUGCCGUCUGGCUGACGGUACCGCAGCAUCCGGGCCGGCAGCACCAGCUCAGAGACAGUUUCAUCCCCCAGAUAAAAUAGAGCAGCAAACAUAUUCUAAUGAUGCUAGAGCAACAGAUAGAAAACACAUCGGCAGGGACUCGGAAUGUUACGAUGGAUUUCAUUUAGAGAAGUAGCGACGGCUAAAAGAUGAGCGGCUUUCGCUGUGUUUGUUUUUCUUUUUCGACACGACCCUGUUUGAUGUUAAUACUGUUAUUAUUUUUUAUUAUUACUAGUGAGUGCAGGAGUGAAAUUUGUUCACUUUUUGUGAAAUUUGUGUAUUUGUUUCACAUGUCUGAGGAAACGUUGUUUAUUUGACCUGCAGAAUCUUUUCCAGUAAACUGUUCAACUCUAACGCUCUGGUCUGUUUCCCUGUCGGUUUGAGAGGCUGUAAGUUUUAUUUUGAACGUCACUAUUCUUUUGAACUUUGGGUUAUAAUUCACAAAACCCUUUAUAAACUUUUCUUUCUGAAAUAAAGUUGAAGCUCUUUCCUCCAGACGAGGUGAGCACAUGAGUGAUGGACUUUUCUUUCUGGUUCAGCUCAUUUGUUAAUGGUGUGUUGAUCGACUGUUCUGAUUGGAUGUUCCUUAGUGUUUUGUUUUUUUAUGAAUCUACUUCCUGUGUUGAGCGGGAGCUGCUGUUUAAAGACGUGUUUGACCUUUGACCUGAGCUGACCCGACAGUUCACUGUGAUGAAGAGGAUGAAGAUGUGUAGUAUGUGUUGAACGUUGUCGUCCACUCAGAGGAUCAAUAAAGAUUAUAACUGAU